AUGCCGCGCGUCGGCGAUGCCGACGCCCCGCGGCGACGCAUCGCGCGUCUCUCGACGCACGUCGCGCCGACGGCGCGCGCCGACGUCGCCGUGCGCGUCUCGGACGAGGUGCGCGCGACGCUGGCGCGCGGCGGCGCCGUCGUCGCGCUCGAGAGCACCAUCGUCGCGCACGGGAUGCCGCAUCCAGAAAAUCUCGAAACGGCGCGCGCGGUCGAGCGCGCGGUGCGCGCGCGAGGCGCGACGCCGGCGACGGUGGCGAUCGUGGACGGCGUCUGCGUCGUCGGCGCGACGGACGGUGAACUCGAGCGCGUGGCGCGCAUGGGGACGGCGUGCGCGAAGGCGUCGAGACGAGACCUGAGCGCGGCGUGCGGGACGGGAAAGACGGCGGCGACGACGGUGAGCGGGACGAUGGUGCUGGCGCGCGCGGCGGGCGUGGACGUGUUCGUCACGGGAGGGAUCGGUGGCGUGCACGUGGGGGGGCAGGACACGAUGGACGUGAGCGCGGAUCUGAUGGAGCUCGGAAGAACGCCGGUGGCGGUGGUGUGCGCGGGGGCGAAGUCGAUUCUGGACAUUCCGAGGACGCUGGAGGUGCUGGAGACGAACGGGGUGACGGUGUGCGCGUACGGCGUCGACGAAUUUCCAGCUUUUUUCACGAGAUCGAGCGGAUGCGAGGCGCCGGCGCGCGUGGACACGCCUCUGGAGGCGGCGAAGGUCAUCGACGCGGGACUGCGGCUGAAUCUAAACAGCGGAAGCGUUUUCGCGGUGCCGAUACCGCUCGAGCACGAGGCGCUGGGGGCGAGCAUCGAGAGCGCGACGGCGCGCGCGUUGCGCGAAACCGAAGAACGAGGCGUCGCGGGCCGCGACGUCACGCCGUACGUCCUGAAACGCGUCGCCGAGCUCACGGGCGGGGCGAGUUUGAAGGCGAACAUCGCGUUGGUGAUGAACAACGCUAAAAUCGGCGCGGACAUCGCGUGCGAGUUGGCCAGGCUGCGGUCGUCGUGA